AAGGUAGAUCCGAUAAAAUAAAAUUAAAAAAAAACAAUUUAAAAAAACAAACAAAAAAACGCCGCUACCAUUAACUCGUGGUUACAUAUUUGCUGGCUUAAAAAAAAAAAGGCAUUUUUUUCUUGUUAUGUAGGAGAAAGUGAUUUUUCAAGUAAGAGGGAUAUUUUUUCAACUCACAGUUUGGAGGACUCUCGGCUGGUCGAGGUUGGUUGCGCCAGUAUGGACAAGUCCCAUCUUUCCAACCCUAGUGACAUCAUCAUGACAAACUCAACAGGUCCCUACCCGCAGGAACCCCUGACUCCUCCCCGGCCCACCCACCACCACUCCUCGUCUUCCUUAUCUUCGCCCUCACCUUCGUCUUCCUCCUCGCCCCUCAAGCCCAAUCAGGUCGGCCAGGUCAUCCUGUACGGCGUUCCGAUUGUGUCGCUGGUCAUCGAUAACAACGACAGACUUUGCUUGGCGCAGAUUUCCAACACGCUCCUCAAAAACUACAGUUACAACGAGAUCCAUAACCGUCGCGUGGCACUGGGCAUCACCUGUGUCCAGUGCACUCCUGUUCAGCUGGAAAUCCUCCGCCGCGCCGGGGCCAUGCCAAUCUCGUCACGCCGCUGCGGCAUGAUCACCAAGCGCGAGGCCCAGCGCCUCUGCAAGUCCUUCCUGGGAGAGAACAUACCUCCCAAGCUGCCCGACAACUUCGCCUUCGACGUGACGCAUGAGUGCGCCUGGGGUUGCCGCGGUAACUUCAUCCCCGCACGCUACAACAGCUCACGGGCCAAAUGCAUCAAGUGCUCCUUCUGCAAUAUGUACUUCUCCCCAAAUAAGUUCAUUUUUCAUUCCCACCGCACGCCAGACGCCAAGUACACUCAGCCCGACGCUGCCAAUUUCAACUCCUGGCGGCGGCACCUCAAACUUAGCGACAAACACCCAGCUGACGAGCUAAUUUACGCUUGGGAAGAUGUGAAGGCUAUGUUCAACGGAGGAAGUCGGAAGAGGGCGUUGCCCUCUGCGGGCCACUGUCAUUCCAUGGGUCCCGUGAAAACCCUAGGCUCGGUGGUACCUCACAUGAUGGGAGGCGACCUGGGUGCGCAGAAAAGAGCACACUUUGAAGAUGAAGACGACCUUGAAGGAGGUGGUUUGUCCCCCCGUAAGACACCGCGUAGUUAUCCCGUCAUCCCCGUCCCGAGCAAAGGCUUCGGCAUGCUCCAAAAGUUUCCCCCCACGUCGAUUUUCCCAUCUCCUUACCCCUUCCCAGCAUUCGGCCUCUGCCAGCAGAAAAAAGAGGAUAGUGAUGUUUCAGCCGGACACAAAGCGACGGGACUGUCGGGUCUUUUAUGGCCCGGACGUAAGGACACUUUUUAUCCUCCCUUUUGCAUGUUUUGGCCCCCGAGAGCAGCAGGUGGGAUCCCCGUGCCCACGUACCUGCAGCCUCAGCCCAGCCUCUCCUCCCUGGCUGACAAUCCCUCCCUUCGGCAAGCCUUCCUGGAUCUGUCUGACUCCUCUGAACCUGGAGCUCCAGCUGGCAACGGGAACGCCGUCAGUACAAACGUGACCCCCAAUAACGGGAGCGCCGCAUCUAGAUCUGCUCUCUUUGACCCCGAUUGUACAAUGAUAACCCCUGACCUUCGGCCUGUGACUUCGGAGAGCUGGCUCAAACUCUUAGAAAACCCCACACUCCAAACCAGGAAGCCCAGCUACGGCUCAGCCUUCCGCCCUGUCAUCAAAGAUGCAGAGAGCAUCGCUAAACUCCACAGUAACGGAGGAAGCGUCACCGGGGUGACAGAUGAGGACUUGGGGAUCGCCGUCACAGGGUCGGACCGCCACCCACGGCUCUCGCCCAGCAGCAGCUGUAGUUACGGCAGCGAAAGCGGGGGCGAAGGAGAAGCGGAGGGAAGGGAAAGCGAGGAGGACGGGGAGGUGGACGUGGAGUCCUCUAAGCAGGAAGACGAAGAAGAAGAUGGGGGCUUCGCCGGGCGGCCCCCGCAGAAUCAAACAAACCUGUUCCUGCCCACAGUGAGCAACAGUGCCAGGGAAGACCGGGGGAAUGAGAGGGGGAGUGUUGCGGCAUAUCCCAGCACCUCCCCCCCCUCCUCUGUGGACCCCAUCCGACAGGAGUCCCCCAGCCUGCCCGCCUCAUCGCCCGCCAGCCUGCCGCUCUCCGGCUCCAGCCCCUCGCACAGAGAAGACCCAACUUACAAAAACGUAGAGAAAAACAGAAAUGAAGGACUACCUGCCUACGCAACCAAAGACUCCAUGUCAGAUGAAAACAAAGAGCAGAACAGCUUCUUUGGAGCCGAGAAUGAGACAUCAGUACCAGCACCGGACUACUGGAGGGAAAGCUCAGGUGAUCAAAGUCAAGGGGCUGCGUCUCCUGUGCAACUUAAGAAGGAUCUAGAGAAUAUGGAGAAAGAGGAGCUCCAGAAAGUCCUGCUGGAGCAGAUAGACUUUCGGAGGAGACUGGAGCAAGAGUUUCAUGCUCUGAAGGGCACAUCCCCAUUUCCUGUCUUCCAUAAUUUCCAAGACCAGAUGAAAAGAGAGCUAGCGUACAGAGAAGAGAUGGUCCAGCAUUUACAGAUGAUUCCGUAUGCAAACAUCAUUAGAAAAGAAAAGAUCAGCUCCCAUCUUAAUAAGUAGAUAAAAGGCUGAGUCAUCUUACCUGGAAGGAAGAAGAAUUCUGCAAAACCUCCCAUCCAUCCAUUUUCAACACCGUUUAUCCUGGUUAGGGUCACGGGGACGCUGGAGCCUAUCCCAGCUGACUUCAGGCGAAAGGCGGACUACACCCUGAACUGGUCGCCAGUCAGACGCAGGGCACAUAUAGACACGGACAACCAUUCGCACUCACAUUCACACCGUCACUGAGUGGGAACUGAACCCACGCUGCCCGCACCAAAGUCAGGCGAGUGUACCACUACAGCAAAACCUCCCCCUAAAUGAUAAUAAUGAUAAAACUAAAUUAGUAGAAAAGACAUAGUAGAAUGCAGACAUUUCUCUGGAUUCCUUGCACCUGAAACAUUUGUCCUGUUCCCUGGGAUUGAUUUCCUAAAAGAGAAACAAACUGAUGACUUCAGAUGAAAAUCCCCAGUCAGACUCAAAGGCACCAAGCGGGACCCAAAGAUGCCCACCAUGAAUUUACCUGGUGGCCUUAAAGGCUAAUCUACUGAAGUUGAACUACCUGGCUUUUUAACAAGUUUUAAAGGUACAAAGAAGUCAGAUUAAGUCAAGACUGUUUUGUUCAGGACUCAGAACUGCUGCUGUAAAUAAACACACUGGAUGAGGAUGGUCCUCACGCUAAUAUUGUUGCUGUUGUUACUGUUUUUGUUGCUGUGAUAAUUGUAAAUGACAUAUCAGCCAUUAUUUACUGUGAACCUAUUCAUCAUAAACAUGCAGGAAAUGUUACCUCAAAAAGAACAUUAUUUGUUAUAUUGUCAUAAAGUAUACUCCAGAUAAGUAUCAUAAUAGGUAUGUUUUUAUUUUGCACACAUUUUCCCAGAUACUUUUUAAAAUAAUUGGAAAAAAAAUCAUAAAUUAAAGGCUUUACUUUCCCCCAAAGGUGUGUCAGUAUGCUGCCUUUUUUAUUGGUUUGUCAUGUCUGCAGAUGCUGAAUGGACACAACUUGUAUUUAUUGAACUUGUAAAAUAGCCCAACAAAAAUUGUACAUACGCUCCAUGUGAGUGUAUUCAUCCACACAGUCGAUUUAAAUGUGUUUGUUAUUUUCAUUUCAGUAUUGGGGCCUAAGACCCUGACCUUAAAAAUAGGAUUAUUUAUUACAAAGAGAAAAGAAAAUGUUGCUGUCAAUGUCACAAAGUGUAAAAUGAAAACUCAUCCAUCAUGUUUAUAGGUUGGACCAAAUGAAUGGAUAAAGUUGUCAUUGCCUGAGAAAGAUGUUAUAAUUAUAAACUGCAGAUGUAUUUAAAUAACCUAUGUUCCUGCUCUCUACGGUUUACUGUACGUGUAAAUUAAAAGACUAUAAAUAAC